CUCAACCAAUCAGAAUCAAAAUGCCAUUGUUAUGGGCCAAGUUUACACUGACAUUGUUUUCAAAUUUACAGUUGAAGUUAAUAGACUUUUCACAAACUAUGGAGCAGAAGCCAGCAGGAGAUCUUCAAGUCAUCGUAGUCAUCCUGCAAGACCUCGCAGUAGCUUUACAAGAGUGUUCUGCUGCCUAAGUAGCAUGACACAAUAUGUAACACCAACAAAGUUUGAAAAGGAGGAACUGGACGCUGCAGGACUUGGAGAGAAAAAAGUCACAUUUUUCGGUGACGAAAAUAAUGCCGAAGAUUUUAGAAACUACAUACUAACAACAUAUCCAAAACUUGGUAACUGUGGGGGAUUUGAGAUUUUAAAACCAUCAGGAAUGACCCGAUCUAGGAAGCUGGUGGUUUUGCCUUGCCCAAACACAGGAUACACGAUUAAGACUCUAAAAGAAAAUACAGGACAUGCUGUCAUCUACAUUCGCCCCAUGCAAAAAGACAUAGACCUAACCAGUUCUGUUGCCUGCAAAUCUCCCAUUCUUGGGCCAAUGGAGAGAUGUCUCUUCUGUGAAAAUGAGUUCAAUUUUAAUGAACUUAAGGUUCACAUUGAGAGCUGCAGGCCAAGGGCUGCAUGUUCCAAUCACCUGCCACCAACAUUAGAGAAUGAACACCAAAAUGAACAUGCAUCAGGCAGUGAUUCAUUCAUUAUCCAGCCACCCACUGAGGAAAGUACAGACCAACUGUUCAUCGAUGUAACAGAUGAUACAACUGACAUGGAAUCCUUAAGUGAAUGGCGGAAGAUUCGUGAGGAGCAGGAAGAGGAAUAUAAUCAGUCUUUGAUAGCGGACCAAGCCAAAGAUCUUCAGAAGAUGAAUAUUGAAGAAUCUGAGAAUAGACGCAGAAAGGUGGCCGCUAGGACACAAAAGCACUGUUACUUGGACCUCGAGUAUUUCUCACCGGCUCUGCUGUUUACAGCUCUCUGGGUAGGUAUCACUUUACACAGUCUGUUCUCCGUAUGUUCACUCUCGUUCUCCUUUCUCUCCACAGGUGGCCACUAGGACACAAAAGCACUGUUACUUGGACCUCGAGUAUUUCUCACCGGCUCUGCUGUUUACAGCUCUCUGGGUAGGUAUCACUUUCUUUCCGUAGGUCCAGCAGAGGGGCGAAGAUAACACACCGCCUCACCGGGUCGAGCGCUGCCCUAUCCCCACUGCCUGUAAGGCGAUCGAAUCCUGGACAGGGGCGCCCCUUUGUAGGGACCACGGGGCGGCGGAACUCUUUCGCCUCUGACUCUGCGACA